UGCCAAUCAGUGCCACCCAUCAGUGCCAGUCAGUGCCACCUAUCAAUGCCAAUCAGUGUCACCUAUCAGUGCUGCCAAUCAGUGCCACCUAUCAGUGCCAGUCAGUGCCGCUUAUCAGUGUGCAUCAGUGCCGCCUAUCAGUGUGCUGUCAGUGCCACCUAUCAGUGCCGUGUCAGUGCCGCCUAACAGUGCCAGUCAGUGUCGCCUAUCAGUGCCGUGUCAGUGCCGCCUACCAGUGCCAGUUAGUG